CUCUCUCUCCGCGCAGUAGAGAGUUUCUCAUCCUUUCUCCGUUCGCCGCCAUGAGCAGACUGAAGGCGCUGAGCGGUGCGACGCGGUAUCGCGCGGCGCGUUAAGUGAACCUGUAAGCUGCGGACAUUCCCGCGUGAGUAAAUGGGCUUGGAGGUUGACCGGGCGGAAUGUAAAGGAUCCCGUGAAGGAUGGGAGGAAAAAGCUCCUCUGCUGCUGCGUUCCUGCCGCCGCCGCUGCUGCUGCUGCUGCUCGCCUGCAUGUUCGCGUCUCCGGUCCGCGCCGACAGCCUAUCCGCCCCACUGAAUGUAACCAUCAAGACCUUAGAGGGCAAUGCGGCUGUGGUCACAUGGGACAUCCUCGAGGGAGAUCCGGUCAUCGGCUUUGCCAUCACACAGCAGAAGAAGGAUGUGCGCAUGAUGCGCUUCAUCCAGGAAGUGAACACUACCACACGCUCCUGUGCAUUAUGGGAUUUGGAGGCUGAUACUGAGUAUAUCGUCCAUGUGCAGUCCAUCAGCAUGAGUGGCACAAGCCCUCCCAGUGACCCUGUCCUUUUCCGCACACCAAAAGAGUCUGAGAAAAUGGCCUCCAAAAGUCCUGCACGUUUGUGUUUGUGUGUCUUGUCAGAUGAUGUGACAAUGAAGGAGGUUGGCCAGGCACAGCUGAGGGCCGGAGAGCUAAUCAUCAUCGUAGUGGUCCUGAUCAUGUGGGCAGGUGUAAUAGCUCUCUUCUGCCGUCAGUAUGACAUCAUCAAAGACAACGAGCCCAACAACAACAAGGACAAAGCCAAGAACUCGUCGGAGUGCAGUACCCCCGAGCAUCCUACAGGGGGUCUACUGCGCAGCAAGGUCUAACCAACCACAGGCAAUAACAGGCUUCAGCCUCAGGGCACAGCUGAGACAUACCGGAAAGCCAUCAAAUGAUAUUAUUGUGAAACAAGAGUGCCCAUCUUCAUUUGAAAGGACUCUUUAAUACCACAUCCUAUCAACAAAUACGGACCCCUUGGUGCUUGUCUUCGAAGUACACAAAGACAAUGAUACACUCGAGCACAUUUGACGAGUGCACUUGAGCACAUGUGAAGAAUGAAGCAAAGACCUGAGAAUUGAAAAGUGCAUGACCGGGACGUUCCCUCGGGUCCGGCUCCAAACAGAGACGUUCCCUAAGCUCUGAGAAGAGAGAGCUAGAAAUCCCAGGACACUCUGCCUCCAGCGCCGCCUCGCACAGAUAAGCAAAAUGUGUCAUCGCCUUUGAGGGAAGACGAUAAUAAACCGGAAUCGUGCUAUGAAUGAAGGGGAACAAUUUUCCCCCUCAAGCUUUCUCUUCUUAUCAGUGCUGAAACAGGAUCAUAUGAGGAAGGGGAUAAACUGAAGCUAUUUCACCUAUCUCUCUGUCUUUCUCUCUGCAUAUUCUCUCCUUUUUUUAAAAAUCUUUUUUAUGCCAUUUGGUUCCUCUUUCCGUCAUGCAUUUCCUUUUCUUCCCACUCAUUUUUCCUCGCUUGAGGUUUCUUUUCCACCCUGAAAAGGAGUCACCGCUGUAAACGUGAUAAUGUGUAUUGGUGCAGUGCGAUCUCUCUCUCCAUAAGCACUCUCUCGCUCUCAGGGCAUCCGAGUUAAAAUCCAGAGGAUGAAUAAUACAGUGGCUCACGCUGAACCUCGUCCAUCACCCCAUCCACAUCAAUCCCAUCGCGAUAUAUAGACGAUAUAUUCGUAUAUUAUAUUAAUGCAGUGAUGGAGAAUUAUAUUUAAUCACUCGUGCGUCUUGAGUAACUCAAACAGCUUGCCGUCGAUGAUGAGUAUAUAAAUGUAGAGUAUUUAUUAAGUUGUUUUGCUUCUCAUUACCUGGUAACGCUCAUGUUUUAUAAGUACUGCUAGAAUUACGCUUCUGCUGUGACGUAUGGCUCCAUUAGAGAUUCCGGUGCCUUUCCUCUGAAGCGUUUCCUUACCAGUGUCCCGUCUCCUUCAAGACCUUCGACGCCCUCUUGUCUCAUUCUUGUGUAAUAAAUUUUCCAUCUGACAGUUUAAGUGAAGUAUGCGAGAUGAGGGAACGGCUUGACAGCACGUUAUUGGAGUGUCAGGACAGAUGGACUUGUCACUUACAGCACAGUCGCUGACGCGGACUUCGUCCUCCAGGGACAAACUCAACAAGUCGUCAGUUUGCAGGAAGCAAUAAGAACAUGCUUAAUGCGGGUCAGAAGUCUAGAAAAAAUUGAUUUGUACCAUGACAGGGCGUGCAAAUAUGAGGAAUAUUUCAGCGCAGAGGGAGUGCGGUUUUGCUAUAAUAAUGCAUCUGUUGACACACAGUACCAUUAGGGAUUUAUUUAUUUAUCAUUUAGACCCAAAAGUUAGUUUGUAUGCUGUAGAAUAAGGACCAAACUAUUACUUAGAAUUUUUUGUAAUAUGUCUUACUUAUAAAUUCAUGUUGUUACUGAGUCUGUAAUUAUUAGGGAUGCUAUCCGGUCGAUACCGUGUUUCAAACCAUGUUUGAAUGCCUUCUUUUUUUAUUUUAAAUACUUCUCAACACCUAUAACAAACUGCAUAAUGUGUUAAGUAAAUUAUUCCACAGGGACGACAGAGAAUAUUUUAUUUAGCUCUGUUUACGUUUCCUGUUUAUAUAGCAGCCGUGAACAGCUUGCUGACGCGUGUUCAUACACUUUCACUACCAAGCUUGUUUUUAUAAUGUUAGCGAGCUGAUUUUUUAAACGAAGUGCAUUAGCUAGCUACGUUAGUUACUUUAGAUGGUGUUGAAUUGCAGAGCGGAAUGGGUUUUGUUUCUGUACAGCUUUCAUUCUUCAGAAUCGUUCAUUGUCGAUAACUGAUAAUGGUUGAUGUACAAUUUAAUGGGUCAGCGCUGCUAUUUUUACUCACGUAGCGUUUUUUCUCACACGGCUAGCGUUUACUGCCAUCUUUUCUCCGGCUUUUAUGCUCAAAUAACCAGGUUUCAUUAUCAGGUUACUUGUGUUAUUGGAAAACGCUGUGAUAUUUUCACCGAGCGCUGUAUACAGUCUGCUUUGACUGCUUUAGUUUAGCCGUUUCGUGUUGCCUGUUCAUUUGAGCAGCAAUGUAUACUCACAUUUCUUAUUAUCACAUAGUAUCAGAUGUUGGUAUUAUAGCGAUUUAUGAGUAUGAGUAGAAAUAAUUGCUCGUGGCAUACCAGGAUCGGGUAGCAUCCCUAAUCAUUAUAAUUACUGCAACCUGGCUGCAUGUUGCGCAUAUUAGCAAUAAUAAUAUUGCUACAUACUGCAGUUGUGUUCCUCGCUGUGAUAUUUCAACACCCAGUGUUGAUCCCUGGGUAAAGACUUUACUUUGACUUUGUAUUAAUCAAGAUAACAGCACAUGAUAAACCAUUCGGUGACAUGUUUAAGGGCUCGUUUAUGUAUUUAUUACAUAUUUCAGCCGUCAGAGAUAUCGGAAUCGCAAUUUCCAAUAUUGAGAUAGCGUUUAAGAAGCAGUAUAUCAUGCAGCCCUUCUCGGCAACGAUUUGUAUUCAGCUCUGUCACUGAUUGAUGGCAGUGUUAAUCAAGUGGGUUGAAGGGUACUUGAAGGAGUCUUACUGCAUACAACAGCCCCCCCCCCCAAAAUCCCCCACCUCCCAUCCAGACAUACGGCCAUUACAUUGUCAUGGCGGCAGCCUAACGGACCAUCCUCUCGCUCUGUGAGUCGUCUGUUCCUUCAUUUUUCAUGCCAUCCCUCCUACUGCCAACAGAAGAAACUCGAUACUUCUCCUCUAAUGACUGCUAAUUAACCUUGGCCGGUGGGGAGAAGGCAGGAGGGCCGCCGGGUGAAAUAUGGCCGCCAUCAAUAUCGUGUCUGGGCAGCUUACAUAAGGCAGAGAGGAUUAUGUUUUCCCCUCUACAGAUCAUCGCUUUCCUACUGCUAAGUUUCUGCUCCAACGGGUGCAACAAGAGACAGUGAGGGAGAACGAGGCCACGGUGUUCCUAAGCAAUGUUCUGCUGUAUUGACCACAGACUGUCCCACUCAUGACCCGCAAAAUAAUCAGAGAGAAAUAAUCAAACUCUCGUCACACAAUCGGUAACGGCUUUGUUAAAGUCAUUUACAUUUCUAGCCUUUCCGAAGACCUUUUAGAAUUUAAAAUUACUUACAAAAUAAGAGUCUGCGUGAAUGUGUGAGAGAAUGUGAAAUUGCUGACUCUUAGUAAUUCUUCAUAAAUUCUCAAGUAGGACAGUUCAAAACAGCUCGGGUCCUGUUUUACUCCAGGUAUAAAUAGAAAAAAAAACUUUCUAUGAAGGUCAUAUUUAUAAUUAACUAUGAACACAUUCAUAUAAUGCACUCAAACAGCAUAAUGCACAUGUAUAAGAGUCUCCAUAGGCAUUGAAAUUGUUAGCAUAAGGCAUUAUAAGCACUGUUCAUGACAUAUAACACUAUCACCAAAGAAAUCCUGCGUUGUGCAUUGUCCUGUUUGUUUUUUCUUAAAUAAAAUCAUAGUACAAAAUGUUACAAGUAUACUACAUGUGCAGUGAAGUUUUGGUCUUGAUGCCACAUUGAUCUAAUAAAUGACUUAAUAAUGUUUUUUUUUUUUUUUUUUUUUUACACAAAUACCACUUAUAAGGAGUUAUAAUUUGGCUUUUGGUCAGUCAAUAAUCGACACUCACAAUGGAAACCUAUCAAAAUUCAAUAUGACGAUAAUAUACAAAGCAAGCCGGAGUCGGUGAUUUCUUGAUAUUCUGUUAUAAACACUGCUUAUAAUGCGUUUGAAUCCAUUCCUAAAUAUAUAGAUAUUGCUAGGCCUUUUCAUGAUGAUUGAUAGAAUUAUAACAAUGCUUAUAGUGUAAUUCACAUGAUAACAGUAUGAACGUAUUUGUAGGUCGUCAUACACGUGGCCUUCAUACAGAGUUAGCAGAAUAACCUUUAAGAUUUAUAUCCAGUGCCAAUGAAAUGAUCGAACACACCUUUUCACAGCUCAAGGGUCCCAGGUUCGAUCCUGCCUUUGUGUAGUUUCACAAGUGUUCGGGUUCUUCUGGCUUCUACAGUUUCUGUCCACUCCCUAAAAUAAUCUAGUAUGACCCAGACCAGAAUAAAGCAGUUCCUUAAGACAAAUAAAUAAAUGAAGAUUACCUGUAAUGGUGAAAAUUUCCUCUUUCACGCUCUUGUCAUUCUCAGCAUUCACAACGGAAGCUUUAACGACAGUCUUGAAGACAUGUUGAGCAUUAAGCACUUGUUGCCUGUUUUUACUCCUGUGACUGUGAAGGCCAAUUCAUCUGAUAUUAACUUUAGAUCUAAAACUGGCCUAGAAACAUAUUCUAAGCAUUUAACAUCCGCUUAAUCAUAUUACUCAGUAACUGGCAUUACGUAUUCUUCAACUCGUUUGAAUUAAAAUACAUGGUUAUGAGAAUGAAGGGGUCCGACGGAUCCUGGGAGUUUCGUGGGUCUUUAAAUUAAUUCGAUGAUGAAAUACUUUUCAAUCAUGCCUGCUUAAACUUUUCAUUGGUACUGCAUAUUUCAUUUCUACUUUACAUACAGUAUAUAUUCCAUUAUAUGUAUUAAGCCGGACUCUCCCACCAGUAAAUCAGCUGACUAUGCCAUAUUUCAACACAUUCCCAAUCCCCAAAUACAUUUUUGGAUGGAGUCUCCAGUGUCAGUGCUUUCUAACAGUCAGUGGUAAAGCUGUUCCUUUAGGUUUUCCAGCAUUUCUGGACUACAUACUUUUUGCAGUUUCUCAAUAACAAGACAAGCGGCAGUUUUUGUUCGAUUAUUAAUUUAUUAAGGAAAUUACUGUUUAUAGCAGCUUAAAUAAUGUAACAUCAACUAACUUGUCUCGUAUUCCAUAACAUUAAAAUUUACUCUAAAUGGAUAAAAAGUGCCAUCCUUUAAUCAUUUCUCUGCUGUGUUAUAUGAAAAAUAAAACACUUCGGGUUAUGCCGUUACUGGAAAAUAAUCGGAAGUGAUCGCUGAUUAUUUUCCUAGGACAGCGUGCGUUGUGUUUUAAUCCUUACUCGUCCAUCAGAACUGUAGUUACAGCAGUGCCUAUGAAGCCUAUACACCCAUAUACUGUAUGUGAGGAAGGUUUUAGGUUUAAAGUGUAAAAUACAUAUUGGGACUUUUAAAGUUGUUAAACUAGUGUUCAUUGUGCAUUUUUUUUUAAAAAAUGAGAUCGCAUGAGAUCUGACUCCCAGUGAGACACUCAUGGACGCUUGAGCAAAGGUCUUGACUCCUUAUCUGCUCGUCCCUGUGCUUGGAUUGUUCACUUGUUUCUAAGUAAUUAAUAGAUCUGAAUGAAAGGAAAAUGGUGAUCUAUGGCUGUUGGUGAAAAAUCAAAGGUGUUAUAUAUGCUGGAUGUAGACUACAAGAAAUUUGUUGCAACACUGAAAAAUCCCUGAUCAUGCCUUUAAGGUGUUAAUGAUUUAAAGCUACAGUUCUUGUACAUACUGUACGUUUGUGUUGUGGCUACUUCUCUAGCAUUCCCAACUGUGAGACCAGAACGCCAAGCCUUAAAGCACUUAAGAGAGAGAGAGACGCUAAUAUCCUAACGGAGGAAUUUACAUUAUGUUGCGUUGUAAUUAAGCAGAACUGAGAUGGCCACUGAUAUCAUUGUCCCACAUAUUUACUCUGACGCAUGGGCUUCAAAAAGAGGAUGAACGUUCGUGUGUAAACCACAGAGUCUGUGUUACUUGAUGUUCAUAAAACAAUGCUUCAUGAGGGCUAGCAUGUUUCUGCUGUUCUAUACAAAAUUAUACAAUUUAUAUGGAUUAAAAAAAAAAACAAUUACAUGUCUACUUAUGUACUGCCACAAAAAUAAUAAAGUAUUAAAUAUUUUCAAA